AUGGCAUCCAAGGGAGCAAUGAUUAAAUUAGUGGUGGAGGCAGGUAAAGCAGCUCCUGCUCCACCAGUUGGUCCAGCAUUAGGUUCUAAAGGUGUUAAGGCCAUUGAUUUCUGUAAGGAGUUUAACGCACGUACCGCCCAUUACGAGACAGGUAUCCCCAUUCCAUGUGCAAUCAAGGUGAAGCCAGAUAGAUCUUUCUCAUUCGAAAUCAAAUCGCCAGUUACAUCGUGGUUGAUAAUGAAAGCGGCAGGCAUCAAACAAGGUGCUGCAAAGACUUUGAAAGAGGAACCUGCAGGCACAAUCAGCUUGAAACAUGUAUGGGAAAUUGCCAAAAUCAAAGCUACCGAUGACCGACAUAAGGGAGUGCCUAUGAAAUCUAUCGUCGGUAGUGUCAUAAGUACAGCUACAGCUGUUGGGGUCAAAGUUAUUCCAUGA